CAAUUAAAAUUAAUCCAAAAGAAUUAGAUGAUCUUCCAUACGAAGAUAUAAAACUUUAUUAUUAUGGUGAUAGAAUAUUUAAUGGAGCCAGGAGCGAAAGAGAGGCAUCUAUUUAUCAAGACGUUUUUAGAAUUGAAGAUGAUUAUGAUAAGAUUACUCAAAGACUAUUGGAAAAUACGCGAGAGAUCGCUCAAAGAUCGUUAGAGAUGGCAUCUGUUAGCAACCCGAUAGAUAGCGUGGAAAUUCCAGAU